AUGCAUCGUUUGUUGACAGGUUCAGGUUCAAAUUCAAGUAUUGUGUUAAACGGUCCAUCGGGCAUUGUACGGGAUCCAAACUCAAAUAUACUUUAUAUUGCUUGCGUGUAUAAUCACGAAAUUGUCAGUUAUCCAUCAGGCAAUAUAGUUGCUGGAGGUAAUGGACAAGGUAUUAAUCGUACACAAUUGAAAUCGCCUAUUGGAUUGGUCUAUGAUUCGUUUUCGAACAGUUUCAUAAUUGGAAACUAUGGUGCUCAUAAUAUUAUUCGCUGGUCAUUAGGUGCUAGCAAUUGGACACAUAUAGUUGGUAGUAUUUCUGGAUUGCUUGGCAAUACGUCAACGUUGUUAAAUCAACCAGUGGGAGUGACGCUUGAUCCUAUGGGUAAUAUAUAUGUGGCUGAUUCUGGUAAUCAUCGUAUUCAACUUAUACUGAAUGGUCAAUCAGAAGGUACAACUAUUGCCGGUAUUAAUGGUAUAUAUGGUUCCAAUUCUACUCUUCUAUAUCGUCCUUAUUGGGUAAAACUUGAUAAUCAACUUAAUUUAUAUGUAGCAGAUACAUUCAAUGGUCGAAUACAGAAAUUUCUACGUUACUAA